AUGUCCGCAUUAAAAGGCGCCACAGCGCCAAUCUACUUUGGCUCAUUCCUAGUAACACCACAGGUCUUCCACACCACCCCCCUCACCUUCGCAUUGGUAAACCUCAAACCAAUCCUCCCCGGCCAUGUCCUAAUCUCACCCCGUCGCGUCGUCCCCCGCGUUUCAGACCUCACUCCCGCUGAAACGAGCGACCUCUUCCUAACAGUUCGGCGCGUGGGUCGGAUGGUCGAACGGGUAUAUGGGGGCUCGAGUUUGAAUAUCGCGGUACAGGAUGGUGUGGAUGCGGGGCAGAGUGUAGCGCAUGUACACGCGCAUAUUAUUCCGCGGAGGGCGGCCGAUUUGGAUCACCGUGGUGGGACGGAUGCUGUUUAUGAUAUGCUUGAUGGGGAGGAGGGGGAUGUUGGGAAGGCUUUAGGGGAGGUGGAUGGUGAGAGAGAGAAAAGGGGAUUCCCAGCUGUGGAUAACGAGGCGAGGAAGCCGAGGAGUUUGGAGGAGAUGGUUGCUGAGGCGGAGAUGUUGGCACGGGAGAUGGAGAAGGAGCCGGUUGAUUAA